AUGGAACAGCGCCAAACAGCAUGCCUUCCACCCCCGUUGCGGCACCUCCCCCAGCUCCUCCUGGCACUAUGGGCCCCCCCCUCACGUCCGGCGGAUAAGACAACUGAUGCAGCGGAGCUGACCGACGUUCUGGCUUCCUCUGGUAUCGAUAUACCCCAGCAACCACCUCCCAUCAGCACAUCAUUCAUGUCCCAGGCGUCCACCACGGGAACACUCUCAGCAUCUAGCAGUUUCGGCGACUUGCCUAUCAAACCGGGCGUUCCGCAUGAUUCAUUUUCGUCGGAUCCCACAGCAUCCCCUUUCAAAGAGAAUGGCCAGCCCACUCGUGAAGAUACCGAAGCGGCGCGACGGGCGCAAUAUCAUCUUCAGGAGCCCUUCCUUUUGACCAAAAUGCUCGAACAGCGCAUUCAAAAACGUGGGUUCGAGCUUGGAGUCCGCAUUCCCUCAGAGGGCCUCUUCCACCCGGUCCCAGGUAGGCCGCAGCCUAUUGAGGUCACUGGCCCAGACGGCUCCUCUGUGAUUCGCACAGGCCAGACGAUCAUCAAUCAAGAAGGAGCUCCUAUGGUGGAUAUCUUGAAUUUAGUUUCUUUGUCUUGUGAAGAACGGUUGAGAGGCGUUAUCGACUACUCCUCGGUUCUUUCCCGCAGCCGCCGGGCGCAUUCACAUGGUGUGGUUCCAACUGAGUGGAAAGAUGUCGCUCAGUCGGCAGUGUCAGGACCUGGGAAUGGUACCAAUUCUUUAAAGCGUUCCCAUAAUGAUUCAGGUGGCGCUUUUCCAAAGCCAGUUGCAGAACGAUACAGAGGUCUUGUUAGUAAAGAAGCUCAAUAUGAGAACAAGCGAGCAUCUAAACGCACUAAGCGCAGUGCGGAUGCUACCUUCAAUGAAGCUACGGGCAAUCGGGCCGACUCGCUUGAUCCAGCUGGCUCUGCUCCUUCAACUCCCAUCCCUGAAAAGGCAGGGCUUGACAAGAAAUCUGUCAGUAAGAAGGAAGCAAGGAAGAUGGUAGAUACAAAAGCCAGCGAGGUCCAGCAGCACCAGCAGUCGGUUGAAACGGCACGAAUGGCUACCAACAGCAUGCUGUCUGGAGGAAGAUUUGGCGCUAAAAAGACCUAUUCCUGGUUAAAAUCCGGAGGAUCAUCUAGUGGAUUUUCAUCCCCGUCUCGGCCCAACCCAUCUACCCCCACCGCUGCGCCUGAGAAGUCCACUCUCUCUGGAGAAACAUCCUCUGGUCCGAUGAAACGUCGGAUCGGAUCAUGGCGCGAAGACCAAGAGAAGGGCGCGGGAAUCCAGGUUCGAGACCUCCUCUACAUGCUCGAGGCAGAUGGCCGAGGCAUCAAACAUGUGCAGCGGGGCUACUCCAAGGACCCCAAAGAGGACCGCGGUCCUUGA